GGAUGGACACGUAGGAUAACAUGCUGGGUAUGGACACGUAGGAUAACAUGCCGGGGAUGGACACAUAGGAUAACAUGCCGGGGAUGGACACAUAGGAUAACACACCGGGGAUGGACACAUAGGAUAACAUGCCGGGGAUGGACACGUAGGAUAACAUGCUGGGGAUGGACACAUAGGAUAACAUGCCGGGGAUGGACACAUAGGAUAACAUGCCGGGGAUGGACACAUAGGAUAACAUGCCGGGGAUGGACACAUAGGAUAACAUGCCGGGGAUGGACACAUAGGAUAACAUGCCGGGGAUGGACACACAGGAUAACAUGCCGGGGAUGGACACAUAGGAUAACA